AUGGGCUUCAUGUUAAGAAAGCCCGAUGAUGCGGUAGGCUCUGCGGCGCCUGCCAUCAUCAUUGGUUUGUUCGUCGCGUUUGGUGGUAUUCUAUUCGGCUAUGAUACCGGCACCAUCAGUGGCAUCCUUGCUAUGAAGUACUGGCGGAAGCUCUUCUCCACCGGCUACAUCAACCCUGACGACAACUGGCCUGAUGUCACAUCCUCUCAAUCAUCGAUGAUCGUCUCCUUGUUGUCUGCUGGUACUUUCUUCGGAGCUCUGGGCGCCGCGCCUGUUGCCGAUUACUUCGGACGACGCAUUGGUAUGAUUAUCGACUCGGCCGUCUUCUGCGUUGGUGUCAUUCUUCAGACCGCCGCCACUUCCAUCCCGUUGUUCGUCGCUGGCAGGUUCUUCGCCGGAUUCGGUGUUGGUCUUCUUUCUGCGACUGGUGUGUUGCUCAUCCCUUUGCCCCCUCCUGGUGGCCGUGUACUGACAGGACCAGUUCCCCUGUAUCAAUCCGAGACAGCUCCCAAAUGGAUUCGUGGUACCAUCGUCGGAGCCUAUCAGCUGGCCAUCACCAUUGGUCUGCUGGUUGCUGCCAUCGUGAACAAUGCCACCAAGGAUCGUAUGGACACUGGCUGCUACCGGAUUCCAGUUGCAAUCCAGUUUGCCUGGGCUAUUAUCCUCGUCACUGGUAUGCUGGUUCUUCCAGAAACCCCUCGUUUCCUGAUCAAGAAGGAUAAGCACGAGGCCGCCGCUAAGGCUCUUGCCCGCCUGCGCCGCAUUGAUAUCAACGAUCCAGCCAUCAUUGAGGAGUUGUCCGAGAUUCAGGCCAACCAUGAGUACGAGCUAACCAUGGGUACGGCGAGCUACCUCGAGAUUCUCCGUGGCUCCAUCGGCAAGCGACUGGCUACCGGUUGCGGUAUCCAAGCUCUGCAGCAGUUGGCCGGUGUCAACUUCAUCUUCUACUACGGAACCACCUUUUUCAAUGCCUCUGGCAUCAGCAAUCCCUUCGUCAUCACUCUCAUCACCAACAUCGUCAACGUGCUGUCUACCUUCCCCGGUCUCUACAUGGUCGAGAAGUGGGGUCGUCGUCCUCUGUUGAUGUUUGGAGCUGUUGGUAUGUGCGUCAGCCAGCUUAUCGUCGCCAUCGUCGGCACUGCAACCUCGUCCGACGUGGCCAACAAGGUCCUGAUCGCCUUCGUGUGCAUCUACAUUUUCUUCUUCGCCUGUUCCUGGGGACCUGUUGCCUGGGUUGUGACUGGUGAGCUUUUCCCACUCAAGGCCCGUGCCAAGUGUCUCUCCAUCACAACUGCUACCAACUGGCUGCUCAACUGGGCCAUCGCCUACGCUACUCCUUACAUGGUCAACAGCGGCCCGGGCAAUGCCAACCUGCAGUCCAAGGUAUUCUUCAUCUGGGGUGGCUUCUGCUUCAUCGCUUUUGUCUUUGUGUAUACCUGCAUCUAUGAGACCAAGGGUCUUUCUCUCGAGCAAGUCGAUGAGCUCUAUGGAAAGAUCUCCAAGGCCUGGCAGUCGACUGGUUUCGCCCCUUCGGUGCACUUCACCGAUGUCCGGGAUGUAGCCGAGGGACGCAACAAGGCCAACCUUUCUCAGCUCGAGGCUGACGCUCAAGAGAAGCACAAGCUUGAGCACCUGGAAAAGGCUUAA